AACUAGUGAACUACACUGCCAAAUUGCCAAUCUCCUCUCAAAUAAAAACACUGCACUCUACACAUGCCCUAGCGAUCAAGUCUAUUCAUUAAUUGAGCAUAUAAUAUAUACUUAUUUAUCAAGUCAAACAAUCAGCAUGAGAGGAUCAGUAGACCAAAAUUCUGCCUUGAUUUUGUCCCUAUGGCAUUGCAAAUUUGCAUGGUUCUUCGCAGAUUCAACAAACAAAUAUGCCAAAAUGUUGAGCAGGUCUCCGAUGAUACACAAAGCAUUGGGAUCAAUCUACCACUCCAUGAAACCCCUUCGUAUUGCCAUUCAUGAUCACCACAUCAACAACAUCCCUGAAAUAGCAAGACACUUCAAUUGCAUCGUCUUGGAAUCCGGAAUCCCGCAUGCGGUAUGGAUGGGGGAGCUUCAUUCCUUGAUGGAGGAAGUUGUAUCCAUUAGCCAUGUCCUUAAGGAUUACCAACACCGCCUUCUGGUGCACGCGAAUGAUACAAAGAGCACAAGCACGCUGAGAGAUAGUUUUGAUCACAUUCAUGAACAACCCAAAUUUACAGUCUGUUUAUUAACCCUUUGGUAUUGGUUAGUUGUUUGGUGCUUCCCUGACAGUAGUAAACCUUCUUCAAAUCAUAGUAUUAAUGACCAUUUAAAAAAUGAAUUUAUUUUGGCUAUUGAGUCACACUUUGACAUGUUAGCAAGAUGUUUGGUUAACCCUUCACCAACGAUAAAUAAAACUGAGCAACACCACCUCCAAAAUCUCUUUACUAUGCUAAUAAGGAUGCUGAAAUUAGACCUUCAACAUUGGAUCGACGCCUUGGAUUAUUUCACCGGUAAGAUGGCGAACGCUGGAUUAUUACGAGGACAAGUGAAGAAAGUUUUCAAUGCCACCACAGCUCUCAAAGAUGAUGGUACAAUGCCAAUGUUGUAUGCAACAGAAACGACUAAAAAAAGUUUGGUAAUGUCCGCGCCGAAGUUUUUAGGGAAAAAGGGCUGGCUGAAGAACCUUAUACGUGAUGCAUUGAUACAGAAAAUUUUCAGCGAAGUAGUUGAUAAUCUAGAGCAUGUGGUAGUGAAUGUUUACCAUGGCUUGAAAGAUGCCGCAGAUUUUCUCGUCGAAGAAAUUCCAGAGGUUGUAGACGAAGUUGGUCAUGAAGUUGUAGAUGUAGCAAAAAAAAUUGUUCACGUUGUUCAUGACCAAGUUUCUCAUUUGGGUCAUAUUAUAGCAGACGGAAUGCAUCGUUUCGCAGAAGGCGUUCAUUCAGUAGUUAAUAAAGUGGGACACUUUUUCUCAUCAAUAUUUUAAUGAUAGCAGUUACAGAACUUUCGUUUAGUAUUUACUCGUAAAACAGGUCAUGAUUUUCCGGGUUUUACCUACUAGGGAGUACUAAAAAUGCCAAAAUCAAUUUCGGAAGUACCAAAAUCAGUUCUUGUAAUUUUUAUUUCAUUUUUCAUAAAGUAAUUAAGCUGUCAGGCUUAAAGUUAGGUUUUUUGUCACUUUUUCCUGUCAUGGCCAAGAAAGUGACUUUGAAUAAGGCAGCAUUGUAAUAGGAGUAUUUUUUAUGAACUUGUGAAGUGUGUAGUAAUAAUAAAAUUACUAAUGAUUAAACUUGCGUGUUA